ACCUGAGGCCCCCCAGACCGGUCCAGCUACUAAGCAAGAGGCGACUUUGCGGUACCUUAUAGGCACACAUGGUCCCUCCCCGACCGCUCUUGAACUGAAGAGGGGCGGCGCCCGCAGGGUGGCAGGUGCACAGGCGACUAGCGGUUCCCAGUGGUCCUGACCUGCUGCUGAAUGUCUGUCCCCGAGGAGGAGGAGGAGACGCUGCUGCCGCUCACGCAGAGAUGGCCUCGGAUGAGCAAGUUCCUACUGUCCGGCUGCGCCGCAACCGUGGCCGAGCUAGCAACCUUUCCCCUCGAUCUCACAAAAACCCGACUCCAGAUGCAAGGAGAAGCUGCUCUUGCUAGGUUGGGAGAUGGUGCAGCGGAAUCUGCCCCUUAUAGGGGCAUGGUGCGCACAGCCCUAGGAAUUGUCCAGGAGGAAGGCUUCCUAAAGUUGUGGCAAGGAGUGACGCCUGCCAUUUACAGACACGUAGUGUAUUCGGGAGGUCGGAUGGUCACCUAUGAGCAUCUCCGGGAGGUUGUGUUUGGCAAAAGUGAAGAUAAGCAUUAUCCCCUCUGGAAAUCGGUCAUCGGAGGGAUGAUGGCUGGGGUCAUUGGGCAGUUUCUGGCCAACCCCACCGACCUGGUGAAAGUCCAGAUGCAGAUGGAAGGAAAACGGAAGCUGGAAGGGAAGCCCUUGAGAUUCCGUGGAGUACAUCAUGCGUUUGCAAAAAUCUUGGCUGAAGGAGGAAUUCGUGGGCUGUGGGCAGGCUGGGUGCCCAAUAUUCAAAGAGCUGCGCUUGUGAACAUGGGAGACCUAACCACCUAUGACACGGUAAAGCACUACCUGGUACUGAACACACCGCUGGAGGAGAACAUCGCCACUCAUGGCUUAUCCAGUUUGUGUUCGGGACUCGUAGCUUCUAUUCUGGGGACCCCAGCUGAUGUCAUUAAGAGCCGAAUAAUGAACCAACCUCGAGACAAGCAGGGAAGGGGACUUUUAUAUAAGUCAUCAACCGACUGCUUGAUUCAGGCUGUCCAAGGGGAAGGCUUCCUGAGCCUAUAUAAAGGCUUUCUACCGUCCUGGCUGAGAAUGACCCCUUGGUCAAUGGUGUUCUGGCUCACGUAUGAAAAAAUCAGAGAGAUGAGCGGAGUCAGUCCAUUUUAAGCCCUUAAAGCCAGAGUGCUCCUCGUUGCCAAACAAGGGCAUCUGCAACACACGCCCCUAUUAUUUCUACCUCUUUAGGAAGGUACUUUACUCCACAGAGACUGCGAUUUACAGGGGGCAGCACUUUCUCUUUCUAUGGAAACCAGAGUUCUCUUUGACUCCACUCUUUAUCUAAGAGGGAUUUGUCUGGUCCCAAUCUCUCAAGACCAACCACUGAGACCCAGCUCGGCA